AUGGCGCAAACAGCGGAGAGUAUGGUAGCAAAGCUCGAAAAACAGCAAAGUUUUUUCACACGACUCCAUGCAUCUAAUGAUGCAGCUGUCAUGGCCAGUUUCGUAAUAGCUCACAAAAUCGCUCAAAACAGCAAACCAUUUUCUGAAGGGGAGUUCGUCAAAGAAUGUUUAGUAGAGACGGCAGCAAUUGUUUGUCCUGAUAAAACAGAUGCUUUUAAACAAGUUCCGCUAUCGAGAAGAACUGUCACCAGAAGGGUUGAGUGUAUCGCAGGAGAUUUAAGAGAUCAGUUGCUACAUUAUGUCAAACAAUUUGACUUCUUCACUUUAGCGUUAGACGAGAGUUGUGAUGUACGCGACACUGCUCAGUUGCUUAUUUUCGUUCGUGGAAUUACUUGUGAUUUCAAAAUUACUGAAGAAAUAGCUGCUAUAAGACCAAUGAAAGGAACAACAACAGGUGCAGAUAUUUUUAGCGAGGUAGAUGCAUCCAUGGAUAAGUUGGGACUUAAAUGGGAAAAAUUGGCGGGAGUGACGACAGAUGGGUGCCCAAAUCUUACAGGAAAAAAUGUGGGAUUGUUGAAGCGCAUGAAAGACAGAGUUAAUGAAAUUGACCCAAAGCAGCAGUUAGUGUUUUUACAUUGUAUCAUACAUCAACAGGUAUUGUGCAAGUCAGUGCUAAAAAUAAGCCAUGUCACUGAUGUUGUUACAAAACUAGUUAACUUCAUCAGGUCUCGAGCACUAAAUCACAGACAGUUUAUUUCCCUGUUGGAAGAGCAAGAAAAUGAGCACACUGACAUAGGAUAUCAUACAACUGUGAGAUGGCUCAGUUUAGGCAAAAUACUGAAGCGAGUUUGGGACUUGCAGCAGGAGAUUCGAGAAUUCUGUCAAACAAAGAACAAGGAUAUUCCGCAGCUUUCAGAUAAGAAAUGGUUAUCUGAUUUUGCUUUUGUUGUUGAUGUCACUGCUCUAUUGAAUGAGUUGAAUUGCAAACUCAAGUAA